AUGCGAUUCUCUACCGCCUCCGCCCUACUCGGCUUGCCACUGCUGGCGGCAGCAGACACCCCCCAGUACCAGGCCCAAUUCGAGAACUACCUGGGCCAGGCGCAAUCCCUCCUGACCAAGGUCACUUCCAAGAUUCCCCUUCCUAACAAGCACGACCCCGUCGCUGCCGCCGAAGCCAAGGCCGGCCCUCUGAAAAUAGAUAUCUUGAGCUUGGAUAACUGGAAAGAUACCCUCUAUGGGCCCGUGAAGUCUGGAAGCACCACCCCCGAGGAGUGGUGGGUCUUGAUUACCGGCGGAAAUAGAACCUGCUUCGGUCAUUGUGGGAAGGUCGAGGCCGCUUUCAACGAGACUGCCGCAAAGUGGGCGGCGGCGCCGGAAGACGCUUCGCAUGUCGCCCUCCUCAACUGCGAGAAUCAACCCGUGCUUUGCAACGCUUGGUCAGCUCCCGUCGGUUCCAUCUGGGUUUUCGAGGUCCUACCCGAGCCAUCGCCGGUGAAUAUCUGGGCGAAGCGGUUCAACAUGACGACCGUAACUUCGGACGACAUUGUAGAAUUCCGGAAGGAGGGCUACAAGUCCUCUGCCAAGUUGCACGAUGGGUAUUUCCAUCCCUUUGACGGACCCAUUGCGAAGAAUGGCUUGUCGACUCCGUUUGGAUACAUCAUCUGGGCCUUCAACAUUCUCCCUAGCUGGGCGUUCAUGGUACUCAUUUCCAUGCUCAGCCGAUCCAUGAUGUCCAACCGUCUGAACAACCAAGUCCAUGGUGGCCAGCGCCCUACCGUUGCCGGCCAAAACGCACCUCGCAGGUAA